UGACUGAAUCUUUCUGCUUGUUGUUUUCUCGCGUACAGUUAGAAACCGAAUGAAGUCUUCAGGCUUUCAGCUUGAACAUCAGAAAAUGAUUUCAGAAUUUAUCGACAUGGUAUUUUUUAUGUUCACGUUAAAGAAUUGUUGUAGGAUUUUAACCAUACAGUUCGUUUAAUUUUAUUCAAACGACAAGCAGUGUGAACAGGUAAUAUCACAAGCAGAUGAAGUUGGAAGACUACAAGCAUUUGUACAAACAAGCAGUCUGCUUAUAGCUCGGCGUCCACAAUUUUCCUGAAAAUGGCACAGGAGAAAUUAUCACCUGAAUAGCUGGCGCAAGAAUAUCAUCAGCGUUUUAUUCACACCUGUUAUAAAACUGCCAUGGAGAAUUCAACUGGAAUCGUGUUUAUUCUGCAAGGACUGUAUGAGCAUAAGUCGAACAAACGCACAUAUUUCGUCCUCACUCUUAUCGUUUACCUAUUUACUAUUUUCGUGAACCUGACGUUGAUAGUGACCAUUGUUUUAGAGAAAACGCUCCAUGAGCCCAUGUUUAUAUUUCUGUGUAACUUGUGUGUAAAUGGGAUAUUUGGUGCCUCUACAUUUUAUCCUAAAAUAUUGGUGGACCUUUCAUCUGACUUGAUUGUUAUUUCGUAUACAGCUUGUCUGUGUCAAACGUUUGUGAUAUACAGCUACAUAUUCUGCGAGUAUACUACGCUAACAGUGAUGGCGUAUGACAGGUAUGUCGCGAUAUGCAAGCCUCUGAAUUAUCACUCAAUCAUCACAAAUCGGAAAGUGGUAAAAAUGUUGCUUUUUACCUGGCUGUUAUCUCUCUGUGAAUCAGGUAUUGCGACGAGCCUGACAGCCAGACUACCCGUUUGCGGGUUCAUCAUCGAAAAUAUUUAUUGCACAAACUGGGCAAUAGUAACGCUGUCAUGUGUGGAUACCACUAUCAACAACAUAUACGGGUACAUUGCCAUGUUUUUUCACAUUUCAGAAGCGGUGCUGGUCUUUGUUUCUUAUAUUAACAUCAUCAGAGCAUCUGUGCGAUCGCGGGAAGAACGAAGUAAGUUCAUGCAGACCUGCUUGCCCCAUUUAAUCUCACUGACCAACUUCACGAUCGCUCUUAUUUUUGACAUAAUGUACGCUCGCUAUGGUGCCACCGACCGUCUGCAGGCUCUCCGCAAUUUCAUGUCCCUGGAGUACCUGAUUGUUCCACCGCUCCUAAAUCCCCUCAUCUAUUGUCUGAGACUGAAUCAGAUCCGCCGGAGAAUCUUUAGAACUUGUACCCGGAAGCAAAUGUUCUAAAAUGAAUGCCGGUUUAUCUUCGACCACACGCUGGAAAAUAGGCUAUGUUUUUCAAACUGUGCUAGAUAUAAUUUUUUUACUGCUGAUAUAUUGGUAUUUGAAUUGUUAUCAGUCAGUCCAUCCAGUUUACUACCUUGGUCUGUGGUAAAAUGGAUUAUUUCUUCUUUUAACGUCUUUUUGUUGCAAACUUAUGGUAUAGUGCACUUCAGUUCUCUCGCACAAGUACUGUUAUGUAAGCUACCUGGCAGACAGUAGCCUGCACAGUUUUAGCCAUGGAGCUUGCACAAUAAAACUGCUUCAUGGUUCAAU